CCAUGUUCCCAGCUGGAACACAUCAGAAACUGUUGACACUGAUAUGUCUUUUAGCAAGUCUCUGGAUAAUUUUCACAAUUUCUCAGAACUCCACUAAGAUCUGGAGUGCUCUAAAAGUACCCAUCUCCCUUGGCUACUGCAAUGCCUCCAUGAUGCCCGCAUUCCCAAAAACACCAUUGAGCCUGGUGACAUCACCUACAGGGACAGACCUGAGAGUGAAGGAAAUCCUGGAGAAACUAGAUCGGCUGAUCCCACCCAGACCGUUCACCAACAUGGAUGCCACCACCAGUGCCACACACAGCACAGCCACCAUCCUCAACCCGCAAGACUCAUACUGCACAGGGGACAAGCUGCACAUCCUGCUGGAGAUGAAGGACCACUUGGGUCACAGGAAGGAAUACGGUGGGGAUUUCCUGAGGGCCAGGAUGUCCUCCCCGGCCCUGAAGGCAGGAGCUUCAGGAAAGGUGACCGACUUCAACAAUGGCACCUACCUUGUCAGUUUCACUCUGUUCUGGGAAGGCCAGGUCUCUCUUUCUGUGCUCCUCAUCCACCCCAGUGAAGGGGCAGCAGCUCUCUGGCGGGCAAGGAACCAAGGCUAUGACAGUAUAUUUUUCAAAGGGAAAUUUGUGAAUGGAACCUCUGAUGUCCUCACUGAGUGUAGCCUGAUUCCAAAUUCCAACACCCAAUGGUGCAAAUACUUGAAUGAUAGAGACCAAGAGAUCUUCUACUGUGUGAAACCUCAACACAUGCCCUGUGAAGCCUUAACCCAUGUAAGAACUGGCAAUAACAAUGUUACGUAUCUAACCAGCAAGGAGAAAAGCCUUUUCCACAAGUCCAAAGUUGGCGUUGAAAUCAUGAAAGACCAACACAUUGCUGUCUCCCGAUGUCACACAGAGAGUACUGAGAUAAAAGAGAAAUGCCGCAUUGGAAUGGAGAUCCCCGUCCCUGGUGGUUACGCCAUGCAAGGAAGAUGGCUCUCAGCAUUUUGCAACCAGACUCUACUAGGUACAGCUUCAGUGAGUCACUGCUUGAAAGGAAAACUCAUCUACCUCCUGGGAGACUCUACACUGCGCCAAUGGAUCGAAUACUUACCCAAAGUAGUGAAAACACUAAAACCUUUUGAUAUUCAUGGAAAUGGAGAUUUUAAGAAACGUUUGCUUCUGGAUCCAGAAAAACACAAUCAGGUUCAAUGGAAAAAACACAGUCAUCCUUUUGUCAAUGCUAAAUUCUACUCAGUGGUAGAUGAUGGCUACAUCCCUCGGGAAAUUGACCGGAUACCAGGUGACAAGGAUACCGUCAUCGUCAUCACCUUUGGCCAACACUUCAGACCCUUCCCCAUUGACCUCUUCAUUCGCAGGGCCCUCAGUGUCCGAAAGGCUAUUGAGCGACUGUUUAUGAGAAGCCCAGCCACUAAGGUGAUCAUUAAGACAGAAAACACCAGAGCGAUGCACAUAGACACAGAGAGGUUUGGAGAUUUCCAUGGUUACAUUCAGUAUCUUACUAUGAAGGACAUUUUCAAGGACCUCAACGUGGGACACAUUGAUGCAUGGGACAUGACUGUUGCAUAUGAUACCAGACAUAUUCACCCACCUGAGUAUGUGAUUGAAAAUCAGAUCAAUAUGUUCUUCAAUUACAUUUGCUGA